AUGCCUCAAGUGUCAAGGCUGGGAUCACAUCGCCUCCGAAUGCAACAUCAAGGACAAGGAGGUAAAUGUAUGCGGAACUUGCGGGGGGAAGGACCAUUGGACCAGACGGCCGACCACACCAGCUGGGAUCGCCUUUGCCCAACUUUCCUGAGGAAGGUCGAGGACCUCAACGCCAGGGACCCAGCUAACGAUCUGCCGUUCUUCCCAGCAAAGGAGUCAUGGACGUGGUCUCCAUCCUAUCCAUCGCAGGGACACAGGGUCCCCCUGGCCGAGAUCCAGGUCAACCAAGCUCAGCCAACUUCCCAAAGGAACAGGUACAGGCAGACACAGAUUAACUUCAAGCAUGCGGCCCCAGGUGGAAGACCGUACACCAGGGAGCCACGGUCGAGCCAGCGCUCGUCUCCCCCAGUAGCUAAGUCCCCCCCUCCUCACUUCCCUAACCCAGAAUCCCCCAUAGCCCCUCCCGCAUCGAGCAAUGGAUCAACGCCCGCAGAUAGUUCCCAACCUAUGACCGUGCCCAAUGUCUGA